UUAUUUUUUAUUUUUUUAAAAAUUUUUUUCUCUCUUUUCCGAAUAAAGCCAAUCCCCCACUUCCACUUCUUUCUUCAUCACUCUCUCUCACUUUUCCUCUCUCUGCAACAGAGAUGGCCGCCAACCCAUUCCUCUUCUUUUUCAUUCUCUCUGUUUUCACAUUCUCUGUUUUCUCCUCUGUUUUCUCUCGCUCCUUAUCAAACCCUUCUGAUCAUCCUCUCCACACCACUGCGGUCUUGGACGUCUCUGCUUCUCUCAAGCUAGCCCAUGAGGUCCUCUCCUUUGACCCCCAGACUCUCAAACCCUUUGACGAUGCAGAGCAAAGCAUACCCACCAAUUUUUCCUCUUCGGCUUCGUUCUCUGUGCUUUUAUUCCCGCGUGAUUCUCUCCACAAUUCCAAACACGAUGACUACAGGAGCUUGUUCCUCUCUCGAAUUGAGCGCGACGCGGCCCGAGUCGAAUCCAUCAACACCAAGCUCCAGUUCUUGCUCAACAAUGUGAGCAAAUCGGACCUCGAACCCGUUGUGACGGAGAUCCGACCCGAGGAUUUGUCGACUCCGGUGGUUUCUGGUACCAGCCAGGGUAGCGGGGAGUACUUUUCCCGUAUCGGCGUCGGACGUCCGGCGAAGAGCUUCUACAUGGUGCUCGAUACAGGCAGCGACAUCAAUUGGCUUCAGUGCGAGCCUUGUUCGGAUUGUUACCAGCAAUCCGACCCGAUUUUCAACCCAACGUCAUCUUCUUCGUACCAACCGCUCACCUGUGAAUCUCAGCAAUGCAACGCGCUGCAAGUUUCGGCUUGCCGUAACGGGAGGUGUUUGUAUCAGGUUUCGUACGGCGAUGGCUCUUAUACCGUCGGGGAUUUCGCCACCGAAACGGUGUCGUUUGGGAACUCUGGGUCUGUGAAUAACGUUGCUUUGGGUUGUGGUCAUGAUAACGAGGGCUUGUUCGUCGGCUCAGCUGGAUUGCUGGGUCUCGGUGGUGGACACCUGUCGCUUCCUUCUCAGAUCAAAGCGGCGACGUUUUCCUACUGCUUAGUGGAUCGCGAUUCGGGCGGGUCAUCUACCCUCGAGUUCAACUCCGCCCGACCCAGCGAUUCCGUUACCGCUCCGUUGCUCCGUAACGGAAACCGCGAUACUUUCUACUACGUCGGGCUCACCGGAAUCGGUGUCGGUGGUCAGCUUCUCUCUAUUCCACCGUCGUUAUUCGAGGUCGACGAGUCCGGCAACGGCGGCAUCAUCGUCGACUCUGGGACCGCCAUAACUCGGCUGCAGACUCAGGCCUACGAAUCGCUACGCGACGCGUUCAAGAGUAAAGCUCCGCAGCUGCCGGCGACUUCCGGCGUGGCUCUGUUCGACACGUGCUACGAUCUGUCUUCACGUACCAGCGUGAAAGUUCCAACGGUGUCGUUUCACUUCACCGGCGGGAAGUCCUUGAAUUUGCCCGCCAAGAACUAUCUUAUCCCCGUGGAUAACUCCGGGACGUUCUGUUUCGCUUUCGCUCCAACGACGUCGUCUUUGUCGAUCAUAGGGAACGUUCAGCAACAAGGGACACGUGUCAGCUUCGAUUUGGCGAACUCGCUCGUUGGUUUCUCACCCAAUAAAUGUUAAAAAAGUUAUUCGCCCCUUCGAAAGUACUGUUGAGCAGUAGGCUCAUUGAUAGGUUGGUUAUGGGGGAAAUGAUCCAUAUUUACCUAUUUAUCCCUGAUAAACAAGUUGUUUGAAGAAUUAGGAAGGAUAACAUUGGGAUUUCGUUUUUAUUUAUUUUAUAAAGUGUGGUUUUUAGGGGGAAAAAAAAAAUUG